AUGACUAUUAAUAAGAAGUCAACUACUCUUUUCACUAUAAUAUCGGUCGCACAGUUCGUCUCUAUGGCCUUCCUUAUUAUCUGCUGUGUAACGGCACCAGUUUUCAAACAAAUUGGUCUUUCAAAAGCAGAGGAUGUAACUUAUGGUGUUUUUGGAUAUUGUACGACAAAUAACGGCGAUUCAAUAAGAUGCUCUAAAGCAUCCAGUUCAUACAACCCUCAAGAUCUAACAGAUGAUAACAAUCUAUGGACAAUGAAUUCAAAUCAAAGAUCUAUACUUGGUAAAAUCCUUAUCGUAACACCAAUCGCUGCAGGAUUGAAUUUCCUGUCAUUCGUCGUGACAAUCAUAACUAUCAUUUUAUCAAUAUUAAGUACAACAGGAUCCAUUUCUGCACUUAUGUUUACAAUUGAAUUAUUAUUCGCCAUCUUGGGAUUUUUUUCAUCGGCAUUAGUCUGUAUCAUAUCAUUUUUACUAUUUUACCCCAAGAUGACAUGGUGUUCAUGGCUUUUAAUCCCCGCUGCAGCCUUACCAUUAUUAAUAAUCCCAUUAAUAUUUGUUGCUCAUAGCUCAAGUUCCAGAACCAUUGAUGAAAUAGAUGACUCUACAGAGGCAAUGUUGCAUGAUGAUCCAAUGGAUAAAUCAAGAUUCUCAAUCAAAGAAAUUUAUCAAAAUAAUGAUAUGACUGGUUCAAAUAUUUUGAAUCAACCCACUGUUUUACCAGAUUUCCAACCAUUUAAUGAUGAUAUGAAGAAGCAAAUAACUGAAAGUUCCACAGAUUUUUCAUCACUUGCAAAAGAGAAACAAGAUUACAAUAGCCCCGUUGAAGAGUAUGUCAAAGAGCAAACGAAUACUAUUUCCGAUUUAAAUACGCAAGGCGGGUCAGUCAGAGAUGAUGAUGAUGUUGAUGAUGAUGAUGGUAGUAACAAUGAAGAUGAAGUGCAACAACGCGAUCGAGUUGCUUUGCAUGAUAAGAGAUUAUCAUACCCAGCAUUUUCAGUGAUAGAUAAUGAAGGUAAAACAAAUCCAGAGAACCAAAGUCAAACUUCACGCACCGCUCCAUACAAUAUUGUACCAUCUAUUGCAUCUUCCUCUUAUUCGAAUAAAAAUAUAUCAGAUCAAAGAAAUUCUAACAAGAUACUAGAAGAUCUUUAUAAUAAUAACAAUGAUCAAGGAAUUGAGGGAAGUAAUAACAACCAUGAAAUAGAUGAUGGAUUGAGUGAUUUCACUUCAGUGUCACAAAGAGGAGUAAACCCAAAUUAUUAUAAUAAUCAACUUCAACUGAACUCUCAUUCUCAACGACAACCAGCCGGUAAUCUACCUUACCCACAACCUUCUCCACAACCUCAAAAUUAUUCGCAGGGUCCACAAUAUGCAAACCAACAACCCCAUUAUAUCAAUCGUGAUAAUGGUAUGCAACAGAGGAAUAUUAUCCCUCAAGGUAGACCUCAAAUGAAUUCACAAUAUAAUUCAAAUCCUCUACCUACUGCCAACAAUACCAAUAGAGGGCCCAUAAUUAGAAAUGCUGCUCAACCCGCCGUGGGAUAUCCAAAUUAUAACUCUCAACCAGCGUUACAAGAACGUCGUUAUAAUCAACCUCAACAACCAUAUAAUAACUAUCGUCAAGGCGCCAUUAGAAAUAUUCAAUUUAAUCAACCGCCUUCUAAUAUACCCAUGGGUUCUACACAUUACAAACCAAGUUACAAGAAACGUAUGGCAAAUAAUCUUCCCUCUGCAAAUUCAUUCAAUACAGGAAACCCAUAUGGAUUCAGAUAA